AUGAUGCUUGCCGGCGCCUUUGCAACAUGUCUCCUGGCAUCGGUUGGGGGAAACUCGAGUGGUGUGGCCUUCCCGAGUCAGGUCAACUAUUCCGCUCUGGUCGCUCCGUAUAAUCUCGAUCUUCUCACGACACCUGCAGCGAUUGUCUUCCCCCAAAAUGCAGCACAGGUAGCAGCAGCCGUUAGAUGUGCUGUGGAUGCAGGGUUAAAGGUUCAAGCAAAGAGUGGAGGCCAUAAUUAUGGAAAUUACGGAUCCACGACUGGCCAGCUUUCCGUGAACUUGGAGAACCUUCAGCAUUUCAGCAUGGAUGACACUACCUGGACUGCCAAUUUUGGACCUGGGAACCAUCUUGGCCAAGUGACAGAGCUGAUGUACAACAAUGGAGGACGACAAGCCCCGCAUGGGGAGACUUUCGAUGUCGGUUUGGGCGGCCAUGCCACAGUUGGAGGUGCAGGGGCUGCGUCGCGCCAGCUGGGGCUGCUCGUUGAUUUCGUGGAAGAGGUAGAAGUGGUCCUCGCCAACUCAUCUAUUGUUCGGGCAUCCAAAUCGGAAAACGAGGAUCUAUUUUUCGCCGUCCGCGGCGCCGGCUCAAGCAUCGGCAUCGUGACCGACUUCGCCAUUCGUACUGUGCCAGUACCUCCUUCUACUAUCAGAUAUACGUAUGUCUGGACGAAACAGAAUGUGGAGUCCCAAGUGGAAAUAUUCAAGAGCUGGCAGCAACUGCUCGCUAUCGGGUCUCUGCCACGUGAAAUGUCUUAUGGAUUGACCGUCACCGCGAGCAGCAUGGUGCUGUCAGGUGUAUACUUCGGCAGCGAGGCGGACUUUGCGGCGCUCAACCUCACCAGCCACUUUGCACCGCCUCCACAGGUCACAGAAGCCAAGGCCUACACAAGCUUCCUCGAGGUGUCCAAGUCCUUAGACGCGGCAGUCAGCGCCGCCGGCAUCGCUUCUCCAUCACACUUUUACGCCAAAUCUCUUGUUUUCACCGAGCAGACUCUCAUCCCCCAAUCAACCAUUCAUUCCGUUCUCAAUUACCUGGCCAACACGAAGAACGGAACUGAUUUGUAUGCCGUGAACUUCAAUGGCCUCGGUGGCGCGGUGGGAGAUUUCUCGCCAUCGGAUGCGGCCUAUCCUCACCGUGACGUGCUUUAUUUCGUGUUCUCCUUUGCCCGCACUAGCGGUAAUUUGACGGACACGACGAUCCAAUUUUUGAAUGGGCUGAGCCAGCUGUUGACCAGUGGGAACCCCGAUGCAUAUUACGGCCAAUAUGCGGGGAAUGUGGAUCCAAGGGAGUCCAACGACGAAGCCCUGCCUGCGUACUACGGACAGAAUCUCGAACGCCUCAAGCGCAUCAAGAAGGCGGUGGAUCCUACUGAUGUUUUUCAUAAUCAGCAGAGUGUGCCUAUCUUGUGA